AUGCACGGGCACGCACGGUCAGGGUCAAAUGCGGGACGUCGUCCGCAAAAUGCAAAGGCAGCGGCACAGAGGCUGGCACAGGUAAUGGCGUGUCAACAAGCGGAUGAUGAUGAUGAGGAAGAUGAGCUGUAUGAGUAUAACCCUGUGGCUCCUUCAACUGCUAUUGGGCUUGCUGGUGGAAGGCCCAAUAGAAGAAGUACUCCGCUGGCAGUUCGUACAUCCAUAGAACCACCACAGGCAUCAACUACACGUCCAGCAAUCCGACCCUCUACAUCAACUGAGUCUUUGGAUCAGCAGCCCUUGCAAAAGACAGUUCGUACAUCAUUAGAGGCAAAUGCAUCAAUUACACGUCCAUCAUCAAUUCGGACAACGGUAGAACCAGCUACACGUCCAGUAGGAAUCCGUCCAUCUUCAUCUUCAGAGUCAUUGGACCAGCAGCCUUUGUCAGCUCACUCAACCACGCCUAUUAGAACUUCUCAGCAACAACAAUAUUCUAAUUCUGGGAGUAAGCUGACAUUUCAAUCUAAAAACACUUUGGAACAACCACCAUCUGCUCGCGCACCUACUACACCUUUGGCUGGCAAUCAAGUUUUGUCCUCUCAAUCAAGUUAUGUCCCGGAACAGCCUCUAUCUGCUCGUUCUCUUGCAGCUAAUCGCUCCGGUCAAUUUGGAGGAAAGCCAAUUCUUUCUAGUGUGCCUCUAUCACUCAGGCCAGUUGCAACUGAGGCUCAACCUGAAGCUCGUAAAGAUAAAAGGUUAUCAGUUGAUUUUGGUACUUUCAAGUAUAAGGAGCCUCCCAUUCAGCCAUCUUCUUCUGCUCUACAGGAUGAGGUUGACAUGCUUCAAGAAGAGAAUGAAAGUUUACUGGAAAAGCUUCGACUUGCAGAAGAGCGUUGCGAAGAAGCUGAGGCAAGGGCUAGACAGCUUGAACAGCAGGUUGCUAGUCUUGGGGAAGGUGUGUCAAUGGAGGCUCGUCUUAUAAGCAGGAAAGAAGCAGCUCUACAACAAAGAGAGGCUGCUCUAAAAGUUGCAGCACAAAGUCAUGGUGGAAAGGAUGACGAGCUUGCAGCUCUUCGGACAGAAGCUGAGUCUCUGCGAACUAUGAGCAGAAGAAUGAUACUGAGUGAAGAGGAGAUGGAAGAGGUUGUUCUCAAGAGGUGUUGGCUUGCACGCUAUUGGACUUUAUGCCAAACUUAUGGCAUUCACUCUGAUAUAGCUGCAGCUAAACAAGAAUACUGGUCAUCCCUAGCUCCUUUACCAUUGGAAGUUGUGUUGGAGGCAGGACAAAAAUCUAAAGAUGACAACUCAUUAGUUUACAACGACGGAGAGGAUAGAGAAACAAUUGGCAAUGAUUUGAAUGAACUUUCGGGAGAUGGGAAUGUGGAGAGCAUGCUACUAGUGGAUAAAGCUCUUCGAGAACUCACAUCACUCAAGGUAGAUGGAGCAGUAUCCCUAGCAAUGGCCCAACAAAGACGCCCAACUUCAUUGAGAGCUACAGAUGACAUGAUCAGGCUACCAAUUGAAGGACAGGGCUUUACAGAAUCAUAUGAAUUGAGUCCAGAGGAGUCAGAAGAUGUACAAUUUAAGCAGGCAUGGCUGACAUACUUUUGGAGAAGGGCGAAAAAUCACGAAGUGGAGGCAGAUAUUGCAGAAGAGAGAUUACAGUUUUGGAUCAACCAAGGUGGCCAACCUUUCACUUCAUAUGAUGCUGUACAUGUUGAGCGAGGCCUCAUAGAGCUCAAGAAAUUGGGAAUUGAAACCCAAUUAUGGCAAGAAACUCGCCGGUCAAUAGAUCCAGAAAAUACCAAAAAAAUGCAAAAGGAAAAUGAGUUUUGACAAUGAGUUGCUUCUCACUUAC